GACAGACAGAGCUGUAUCAGAGAGAGGUGGGACGUUGAAGACUGAAAAAUGUCUUUUUUUGAUUUCUGGAGCAGAACGAAGGAGAGAGGCGCGCUGCUGAGGAGAGCCAAUCAGCUGAGGCUGAAUCCUUCACAGCUAAACCUGUUGCUAGGCAACAGCGAGGUUCGGCCACUUCUCCAGGAUGAGAGGAUGGUGUCUCUGCUGCCACCUGUAGGUAUGGAGGUUUUCAGAUGCUUCACGGCAGUCUCAAAGGAGGUGGUCCAACAACGACACGAAGCUGAGGUAAAGGAGCGAAAGGCGUGGAAGCACCAAAAGGCAAGUGAGAAAAACCUGCCCAAACCUGCUGCUCACCUGGAGACUGGAAAGUCCCUCCCUUUCAUCUAUGGUGUCCCGCCCCCUCAGCUUCUCAACACCCCAUUGGAGGAUCUGGAUCCCUUCUACCAAUCACAGAAGACCUUCGUGGUUCUCAGUAAAGGAAACAUCAUUAACAGGUUUAGUGCUGACUCGUCUUGUUACCUGCUGAGUCCAUUCAACCCGUUGAGGACCCUCGCCAUCAAGACCCUUCUUCAUCCUUUCUUCAGUACAUUCAUCCUACUGGCGAUCCUGAGUUUCGGAGUUCUGCGGUUCAACUUUCCUGUAGUGAAGUACGUGUACAUGGCCCUCUUCAUGUUUGAGGCUCUGGUGAAAGUCGUGGCGAGAGGCUUCUGUGUGGGACGCUUCACCUUCCUCAGAGAUCCCUGGAACUGGCUGGACAUCAUCAUCAUCAGCACCCUAUUGGUGUCACAGUUCAUAGAUUUGGGGAAGUUUGCUGUGCUGAUGACGAUUUCUCUGCUGCUGAAGAUCUUCACAUGCAGCCAAGGUCUGAAGAAGACGGUCGAAGCUCUUGUCCAAUCGGUGAAGAGGCUUGAUUGUGUCAUCAUCCUGACGGUGUUCUGCCUGAGCAUCUUGGCUAUCAUUGGUUUACAGUUCUUCAUGGGAAUCCUGAAAAACAAAUGUGUCAUCUGGUCGAUGAACACAAACACGACAGAAUUCGAUUUCCACAACCACACCACCUCUCCAGAAAACUAUUACUACAUUCCUGGACAUCCUGAUCCUCUGGUGUGUGGAAACCAGUCAGACACUGAGCGCUGUCCAGACGGUUUCAACUGUGUGAAAGCGGGAAGUAACCCAAACUUCGGAUACACCAGCUACGACUCGUUUUUCUGGUCUCUGAUGUCACUUUUCAGACUCAUGAUGCAUGACUUCUGGGAAGGCCUGAUGCAGUUGACGUUGCGAGCUGCAGGAAAAUCCUAUCUGAUCGUCUUUCUGCUCGUCUUCUUCCCGGGUUGUUUCUUCCUGCUCAGUCUCAUUUUGGCGGUGGUUGUCAUGACACGAGCGGAGCAAGAAGAGGCUCAAGGUGCCGAGGCCAUACAAAGAGAAGAGGAGUUCGGACGAAUUGUGGAGGUGCUGAAGAGGAGAGAGGAGGAGCAGGCUUCCAGCAGGGCAGAGACUCCAGAGCAACAGGACUCACUGCAGAAGAAGAAAUCAGCUGCUGGUAUACGAGCUACCAAGCAAGAACACGUUAAAGAGGCAGAGGAGCACCACCGGCCUUUGUGCUGCACCUGCACUGACGCCUUCCUGAAGGGGGACUGUUGUGGCUGCUGGCGAUGGCUCAAACAGCAGUCUCACACCUUUAUCAUGAACCCUUUCUUUGACCUGGUCAUCAUCAUCUGCAUCAUUGUUAGCACCAUCUUCACAGCCAUGGAACAUUACCCUAUGAUGGAGGAGUUCUCAGAGACCCUGGUCAUCGCUCAUCUGGUCUUCCAUGGGAUCUUUGCUGCUGAGAUGAUCAUCAAACUUGUUGCAAUGGGCCUGCAUGGAUACUUCCAGGUGCGCUGGCAUAUCUUCGACUUUAUCCUCGUCAUCAUUUCUCUGGUGCAGCUGGGACUGGCUGACGUUGAGGGUCUAUCUUUGCUGCACAUUUUUCUUCCGUUCCGAGUGUUUAGGUUGGCCCGUUGGUGGCCGAUGCUCCACAUGUUUUUGAAGAUUGUCUGGGCCUCAGUGGGGAACCUGACUCUGGUUCUCUUCAUCACGGUCUUCAUGUUCUCUGUGGCGGGCAUGCAGCUGUUCCAGUCAGACUACAAAGCUAACGUCUGUCGCCCUUCUUAUGACUGCCAGCUUCCUCGUUGGCACAUGGAAGACUUUUUCCACUCCUUCAUCCUUGUCUUCAGGGUCUUUUGUGGACAGUGUUUAGAGUCUUUAUGGGACUGCAUGAAGGUCUCGAAUGAUGGCGUGUGUGUGACCUUCUUCAUGAUUGUCCUGAUCGUUGGAAAGCUGCUGAUCCUACAUCUGUUCCUGAAUUUAUUGUUCAUCAAUGAUCAGCUGGUGGAUUCAGAAGACAAAACAACAAACACCCUGCAGAGUACCAUGAAACAGACCAGAACAUGGAUCCCCAAGAGUAUCUGGACUUUGUGGGGGAAGAACUACGCUGACCAAGACCACAAAGGUGACACUAAGAAAGACAACAAGGAGGAGUAUCUGGCCUUAAGCUCUGUGAGCUCAGACCAGCUGACCCUCGAUGAUAACCAUACAAACAUGGCCACCUGGGAGGCCCCCGUCGCUAUGGCUGAGAUCGAGUUUAGGACGCCUGAAAAUGCACAAGAAAAGGAGACUGAGCAUUGUGACGUCAUACAGAAACUUAAAGAUGAAACUCAUCUAGAACCUGAGGACUGCUGCUGCAACAGGUGUUACAUCUGCUGUCCAUUCCUGGAAAUAGACACAUCCCAGGGUACCGGCAGGGUCUGGUCUAACUUCAGGAGAGCCUGCCUCUGCAUCGUGCAACACAAAUUCUUUGAGGGCUUCAUCGUCUUCAUCAUCCUGCUGAGCUGUGCAGCUCUGGUUUUUGAGGACAUCUACCUGGAGCAUCGUCCAGUCUUGCAGAGAGUUUUGAAGAUGGCAGACCUGGUGUUCACCUUCGUGUUUCUGGUGGAGAUGCUACUGAAGUGGGUCGCUUUUGGAUUCAAGAAAUACUUCACAAGCUUCUGGUGCUGGCUCGACUUCCUCAUCCUAAAUGUGACUCUGUUCUCCCUGAUGGGCAACAUGCUUGGAUACACCAGCCGGUCUCUGAGAGCUCUGAGGACUCUGAGGGUCCCGUCUCGCUUCAAGGGCAUGAGGGUGGUGCUGAAGGUGCUUGCCGUGAUGCUGCCCUCCAUGUUCAGCGUGCUGCUGGUGAUUCUGGUCAUCUGGCUUUUCUUCAGCAUGAUAGGAGUGAAUCUGUUUGCAGGAAAGUUUUCUUACUGUUACAACGAUACGUCAGAGGAGCUUUUCUCCUUUUACGUGGUGAAAAACAAGAGUGAAUGCUUUUCACUGAUGGAUCUGAAUUUCUCUGAGGUCAACUGGAAGACGUGGACAUUUAAUUUUGACAAUGUGGGGAUGAGUUUCCUGUCACUGUUGAUCAUGGGGACAUCUUCCGGCUGGAUGGACAUCAUGUAUGCAGCUGUGGACUCCAGACAAGUGGAAGACCAGCCACGCUAUGAGAUCAAUAUGUACAUGUACCUGUACUUCAUCUGUUUCAUUAUCAUCGGCUGCUUCUUUACAUUGAACCUCUUCAUUAGAGUCAUCAUUGAUACGAUCCACCAGCAGAGACACAAGUUCGGAGGGAAACAUGUUUUCCUGACGGACCAGCAGCAGAAAUAUUUGAGGACCAUAAAGAAACGAUUCUCUGAAAAACUCAACAACACCGUUCCACGACCUCAGAAUUGCUGUCUGGCUUGGCUGUUUCACCUAGUCACCGGUCUGUACUUUGAGAUCUUCAUGGUGGUGGUGAUCUUCUUCAACAUGGUGGUUCUGAUGGUGGAGACUGAUGAUCAGAGUGUGGAGAAGUCACAUGUCCUGUACUGGAUCUAUCUCAUCCUUGUGGCCAUCUUCCUUGUUGAGUUUAUCCUGAAGAUCAUUGCACUCAGACAGCAUUACUUCAGAAAUGGCUUGCACAUUGUGGACUUUGUGGUUCUCAUUUUGUCCAUUAUAGGUCUCUUCUUAGCUGAUAUCUUGGAAAAAUAUUUCUGCAGUCCCUCUCUCUUUUCUGUUAUGCGAUUGGGUCGUUUGUUUGCCUUAUGUGGAGCAUUCCAUCACAUUCGGUUUGCCAGAAGGAUCUGGAUGCUGAUUAUGGGCUUUGUGAUGUCACUUCCUGCCCUUUUCAACAUCGGCCUGCUCUUCUUCCUCAUUGUGUACACAUUCUCCAUCAUCGGGAUGUUUAACUUUGCCUACGUGAAGAAUGAGAUGAUGAUCGAUGACAUGUUUAACUUCAAGACAUUUGGAAACAGCAUCAUCAGCAUGACUAUGAUCACCACGUCCUCGGGGUGGGCCGGCCUAUUGAGUCCCAUAAUGAGCAUAUCUCCAGACUGCGACCUGCGAUUACCUGACCCUGGUAAUUGCGCCAACCCGACGGUCGGGAUUGUUUUCUUCAGCUCCUACAUCCUCCUCUUCUGCCUGCUGGUGAUUCAACUGUUCAUCGUUGUCAUCCUGGAGCUCUUCAACACAGCGAGCCCCGAGGACACUGAGAUGCUGAGUGAUGAUCACCUCCAGAUGUUUUAUGAAACCUGGAGGAAAUUUGUCCCCAGUGGCUCGCAGGUCAUACUGUACAGUGAGCUGGCAGACUUCUGUGAUGGUCUCCAGGAUCCUUUGAGGAUUCCCAAACCAAACACCAUAAAACUGACCCACUUAAAUCUGCCUCUGUUUCCUGGAGACCAGAUCAGCUGUUUGGAUGUUCUGCGCACAAUUACUACACAGGUGUUUGGUGAAUCAGGAGGGGUGGACAAAGCCAAACUGGAUGAAAUAUUCAGGAUUAACAGCCAGGUGCCAUGUGAACAGGUGAGCUUCAUCUCAUCAACGCAGUGUGCUGCAGACCUGAUCCAGGAACAUGUGCGGGAUGGAGACACUGAGGGAACGCUCGUCCAGGUUGUAGGCGGAGCCUCACAGUGAUACGAGAUGAGAUCCUCCUUCAUCUUCCUGUCAGUAAACUUGACUCUUCUUCUGUAAAGACUCAGAUCAAAGUAAAAAACAAAUGUAAUGUGUGGUAAUGUUUUUUCCUCAUCUCUUUCAAGACGCCGUCUGUUUUUUUAUUAAAUCAGUGUGUAACAACAAUGUAUUUUUCUCUGGUCCCCUCCCCAAUCAGACCAGCAGUGACAUAUUUAGACACAUGUUCUCCUUAAAUUGCUGGCUGUCUGCGUGGUGUCCAAAAAAUGAUGUGGGCUUCAGAUAAGCUGUCCUUCUGCCUCAUGUCUCUAAUACUGUCGGCUCUGGGUGAAGCUUUUUCAGACAACUGUUGUUGUGACGCGGAUCAAUAUAAAUAAAGCUGAACUGAA